AUGCGAAAACGAGAUGACCGACAAAAUCGUGCCGACCCCAAAUUUUGGCGUCCGACCCUGUACAUCAAGAACGUCUCCGAAGCCGCUAGUCGCCUCCUCGUGCCACUUGGGGUUGGAGUUGCACACAGACCGGAGGCCACCAUAAGGCAUCAGUUGAUGAGACCGAAAACCCGCUGUUAUGGCAAGAAGCAUCUGGAGUCCUUUACCGGAUCUGGUGCAGUUGUGGGCAGAGGAACUACGUCGGAGAAACUGGGAGACUGCUCCGGACGUGAAUUGCCGAACAUGCGGCAGCGGUUUGGAGAAAUGACUCAACUCUCAGGUCGUGGCCCAUUCGACCAGACCCAGCUCCGCAUACAAGUUCGAUGA